AUGGCAUCACUUCUCAGCUUGCGCCACGAGCUGCGUCCGGAGGGGUUGCGUGUUUUUACAUCACCAACAGCUGUUUAUCUUAAACAACGCAAGCACACCCUAUGUAACGGUGCGACAUACGUGCAUAUGACCGGAAAUCAGAUGGGCAUGUACGAUGACGACGAGAAAAGAUCAACUGAUCUGCUGAUGAGCCAGCUUCCUCUCUUGCGUUUCUCUCUCAUCAUGAACCGACAAGAAUUUUUUCACCGGCAGACCGGAAAUCAAACAGGACUGGACCCUACCAAACGACUCGGAGCUCCUCAGUGGAUCAUUCAGGAUGGGACUGCUUCCUCGAAAGACACUGGAAUCGUCCAACAGAAUCCGUACCUGCAAUUUCUUAUUCGCCACGUCCGACAGCGGCCUGUAAUAUUCUUUGGAUUCCCAUUCAUUAGUACCCUUCUCGUCGGUUCGGUAAUGCUCUCGAGGCUAACACAAACCCGAUACGAUUACCAAGCUACUAGGGUUCAAUCGCUCACUCAUGCUGAUAAGCUCAAGCUUGAUCAAGACCAAGCCAAUCGAAAGCCGUUCGAUCUAAGGGAAGAGUACUUCAAACUCUCCCAACCCUCGGCACCACAAAUCUCUGAAGUAUCCCAGAUCCCUAGUCUGUCAGACGAAAACAAAAAGCAAUCCAAGUCGAAACGAUUGAAAAAUUGGGAGGAGUGGGAUGGCGAACAGGUUAGGGUACAACGUCCCCUCGGCGCACCCGAAUGGGGUGGAGUUGAUCCUAAACAGCAAUCACCCGAAAUUGGAACUCGGCUUGUCUAA